AUGCUGGCCUUGCGAUAUAUCCUUGCUGCGUUGAUUCGUGCAGUUAUCAUGGCUGUAGGAAUCCCUGGCAAUGCUCUCAUCAUCAUCGUGUACUCGAAGAAGCAGCGGAAGUCGGGUACGGAUGCUUUCAUCUUGGGGCUCGCCAUCACUGAUUUUGUCGCCUGCGUGACUUUCUCUCUCAAAAUCUACUCUUAUGUUUCGACGGAGUUCACCAACGACUUCCUGUGUAAGAUGGUGUUCUUUACGCAGUACUGGACUCAAUUCGUUGGGGUCUUCCUGACAGGAAUCAUCACCAUUGAUCGGUACAUCGCGGUGUGUAAACCCUUGAAGAAGAGACUGUCACCGAGGCAAGCUACCAUCAUUGUGUCGCUUCUAUGUGCCCUUGCCAUGGUCUUCGCCAUACCAGCGUUGGUGUGGACAGGAGUCCAGAAAUUUGGUAGGUUCGCUUCAAAGUGCACCUACAAUUUCUCUGACCUGAGGAUCACCAGGAAUCGCCGUACGUUCACCUGGGUUUUGCAAUACAGCAAUGAUGCCCUCUUCUAUGGAACCCUGGUGAUGAUCAUCUUAAUGUAUAUUAGGAUCUGGUUGACAGUCUACCGUAGGAGCAGAGCAAAGAUUGGAUGCGUCCCUUCUGACAUUACUACCGUUUCUGGUCAGGUAUCUAAAUCAGAGCAAACCGCAGAGACAUCUACUGUAUCUAAACCUGACACAACGGACAAUACAAAUCUUGGUGACUGCAAACCAGAAAAAACAGGAACGUCAACCGACAUCACUCUCCUCAAUGGUUCAAACGACAGGGAUUCCUCUGGAGCAAAUGGAUCGGGUGAAGGAAGCUCUUCUGGAAAGAUACCACUAAAACCCGACCCAAAGCCAAAAGCCAACAGUAAGCCGGGCAAGACACCGAUGCAAGCAAGGGCAAGCAACAAGACCACCAAGAUGAUCUUCAUCAUCACCAUAAUAUUCUUUGUGAGCUGGGUACCAGCCAAGUUAUGGGUCUUCAUCUCAAGUUCCACGUUCAAGACAAACAUAAAUUCAAACCAAGUUAUCUACAAUAUCUUCUAUCUCUCAACGCUCAUGGUUAACAUCAAUCAGGCCGUCAAUCCAUUCGUUUACAGUUUCUGUAAUGAAAACUUUCGAAAGGAAUGUGUGACGCUGAUGAGACACGUCAGGCAGUGCCGACUGUCAUAA